UUACUACAUGCGUGAACCAACCUGGUGUGUUGGGCGAGCAACGGACGAGGCCCGGGACCCCGCCCACUUCUACUUCUUCUUCUUCUGGAUACGAGUCGUUCGGAGGGCGAUGCAGUUCGCGGCGGAGGACCACCGCUUCCUCGUCCACCUCUCCCGCCUCCUCCGCCGCGAGAGAGGGGCGCGGCUAUGGCUCGGCGCCGCGCUCGUCUCCCUCCUUAUCCUCCUCCUCCUCCUCCUCGCGCCGCGGAUCCCCCAUUCCCCAUCCCUCCACAUCUUCGCCGACAUGCGCAACUUCCUCGGGGUGCCCAACACGCUCAACGUGCUCACCAGCUUCCCCUUCUUGCUCGUCGGAGUCCCCUCCCUCGUCCUCUCCCUCUCCGGGAGCUGCUUCGGGAUCAGCUUGAAAGGAGAGGUCUUGGGUUGGGCUUUUUUCUAUGCGGGGAACUCGGCGUUGGCGUUUGGAUCCGCAUAUUAUCACCUUAAGCCGGAUGAUGAUCGAAUUGCUUGGGACAGGUUACCGAUGAUGAUCUCAGCCUCUUCUCUAUUGUCUAUCUUAGUGAUAGAGAGAGUGGAUGAACGGAUUGGAGUAUCAUGUUUGUUUUCACUCUUAGCCCUCGUACUCCUCAGCAUCGUAUGUGAAAGGACCUUUAACGAUCUUCGGCUGUGCAUGAUGUUCCAUAUUUUUCCAUGCAUCGCAAUUCCUGCAAUGGUUUUCUUGUUGCCGCCGAAGUAUACACAUUCAAGAUUUUGGAUUUUGGCGACAGGUUUCUACCUUCUGGCGAGAUUUGAAGGUAUUGCUGAUAAAAAGGUUUACAGUGUGAAUCGAUACUUCAUCAGUGGCCACUCCUUGGAGCAUCUCUUUUUGGCAGUGGUUUCCAUCAUACUAACAGUAAUGCUGUGUCUCAGAAGUAUUAAGAUUGCCAGAGAUUACUAGAACGGACCUGGGAUUGAGACAUUUGUAAAUUUAAUGGGGAAGUAGUGAAGAAUCUAUCGAGAACUGAUAUCGACUUUGAAUUUGGACAGUACAGUUUGUAGUUGACUGGUACAAUUUCUUUCAUGCUCUUCUCUACUACUGAUCUUUGCAGCAACAUAGGUCUCAGAAUGUUGUUUUUUAGCUCUAUUGAAUAGCAUGUAUGAGUUGAUGAAAAAUAAAUUCGCCUGUUUCGUUGGAUAUACAUAUACUUCAGUAAUGAGCUUAGGUUCGUUUUGUAUA